ACGACGUCGACGCCGACGCCGACGAUCACCAUCUCUUCUAAGGUCAAUGUUGCAGCUGAAGUGUGUCAGUCAGUCGGUCGGUCAAGCCAGUCGAUCGAAAUUCGUCACUCAGGAUCAUUCGAAAUAAUUACAAUCGGCUCUUUGGAAUCGAAGAAUCAGAGUUUGAGGAAAAUUAUUAGAACUACGCUCGAGUGUUAGUGUCAGAAGGGAAGAAGAUUUAUCAUUCGUAAUGGCACAAGUUAAACAGAGAGUCUGCAUCGUUGGAAGUGGAAAUUGGGGUUCAGCCAUUGCCAAGCUUAUCGGAGCGAAUGCGGUUAAAUUUAAUGAUAAAUUCGAGGAGCGAGUCACAAUGUACGUUUACGAAGAGAUGAUCGAUGGAAAAAAACUGACUGAAAUAAUAAACGAACAACACGAGAACGUUAAAUAUCUGCCGGGCCACAAAUUACCUGUGAACAUUGUCGCUGUACCCGACGUUGUGGAAGCUGCCAAAGAUGCAGAUAUUCUUGUAUUCGUAAUACCUCAUCAAUUCAUCCCAGGAUUGUGCUCGAUGCUUCUGGGCAAAAUUAAACCAACUGCAGUUGGUCUCUCGUUAAUCAAGGGUUUCGGCGACAAAGGAGAUGGCACAAACAUCGAGCUCAUAUCCAAAAUAGUGGAAAAACAUUUGAAAGUUCCAUGCUAUGUAUUGAUGGGCGCUAAUCUCGCGAAUGAAGUUGCAGAGGAAAAGUUUUGCGAAACUACGAUCGGAUGCAAAGAUAAACGACUUGCUCCACUUUUGAAGGAUAUUAUCCAAACAUCCAACUUCAGAGUUGUCGUCGUCGAGGAUUCCGAAGCGGUCGAGGUCUGCGGAGCUCUCAAGAACAUCGUCGCAUGUGCUGCUGGAUUCGUGGAUGGUCUCGGUCUCGGAGACAACACUAAAGCCGCUGUAAUUCGGCUUGGUCUCAUGGAAAUGGUUAAAUUUGUAGACACGUUCUUCGGCGGUGCAAAACUUUCGACAUUCUUCGAGAGCUGUGGAGUCGCCGAUCUCAUAACAACCUGCUAUGGUGGCCGAAAUCGUCGUGUUUGUGAGCAGUUUGUUAAAACUGGAAAGACAAUCAAAGCCCUUGAGGAUGAACUCCUCGGUGGUCAGAAGCUCCAGGGACCAGCGACUGCUGACGAAGUGAGCGGUAUGCUCAAGGCGAAAAAUUUGACCGAACAAUUUCCGAUUUUCGCCGCUGUACAUCGGAUUUGCAACGGCGAACUAAAAGCCACUGAUCUCAUUGAUCAAAUCCGUAAUCAUCCGGAACACGUAAGUAAAGCCUAAGUCGGAGGUGGACGCAGGAGAUCGUUACCAUUCAACAGAGAUAGUUAUAGGGGCAUACAGAGGUGAACGAAUGAAAAAAAAUGUAAAUAACGUAUUCGAUCUUGUAUAUCUGUGAUUGGUUCUCCAAUAAACAAGAAAGAAAUAUUCGUAUCUGCUCGAAA